UGAUUUGACUAUUGUUACUGUCAAAUUUUACGUUAGCAAUGUUUGAAUUUUAAAAACAUUUAUCUUUUAAUUGAAAUUGAAUAUAAAACCUUGUUCGUUCUUCAAUUUUUAAAAAAUCUCCGAAAUAUUAAGAAAUUGAGUACGUUUUAAUCAUAAAUAAUCCUGCUCAACUUUUCGAUAACAAGGUUAUAAAUGGGUAUAGAUCAAUUUAUUGGAUGGUAUCAAAAAAAGAUAGGAACGUAUGACAGACAGCUGUGGGAGAAAACAAUUGAACAACGUAUACACCACGGCUUAACCGAUAUUCGGUUUCCGAAAAAUUCAAUUCAUUUAAAAUCGACGAACGCCAAAGAAAGGGAUGAUUGUGAAGCAGAUUUAAAAAUGAAAUCCUUAAAAACAGAAUUUAUUGAUAUUGAUUUGGUUCGAGGUUCCUCAUUUACGAAAGCAAAACCUAAGCAUGGGAUUAUAACUGUUGUGAGACUUGCUAGUUUACGAUUUUUGUUGCUACCAUUGUACUCUAAGUGGUGGGUACAACAGACAUCGGGGAAGAUAUUUUUAUUGUUGUUAAGUCUCUAUAUUCUGCAAUUAUUUAAUAUUGCAGUUUAUUCUUAUAAUACGAGUAAACUGUCUGAUGAUUCUACGGAGUAUGUUCCUUGCACAGAAAUUGUGGUACCUGUGAUAAUGAUGUGGGUUCUUAGUUUUAUUCACUCACAAAUUAUGGCCACACAAUCCGACCAUCACCCGCCAAGUCAAACUCAAAAACGUAAAAAUUUUAGGCGACGACGCAAAAGUAAAAUUCCUCUCAUAACCAGAUCCUUUUUUGAUUGUAACAAUCAAAAGCAUAGGAGCAAAGAUUCUAAUGAAAAGGGUGAGACUGGAAAGACUGUUGUUUUUCAAGAGCACAUAUGUACUCCGCAGUCGGGAGUAGAGGAUAUAUUAUUUGAUCAUGGAUUUGAAAGCUUUAAAACUGCUGAAUCUAUUGGGGACUGCAGGGUUAGAAAAAAUACAAAAUAUCACAGUACUAACACAAUUGAUAGUAAUGGUAAUAAUGGAUCUGAAAGUGAUAUUAGUCAUGACGAAAAUCAGCAAACUAUUAAUGUAAUGGAUGAAAAGCUUUCUAGGCAAUUGAAUCAUGGGCGUAGCGAAAGGAGACAUCUCAGGUCCAUUGGGAAGUUAAAGUUAAUUAAUUCUACAGGAAAGGAGGGGGACAGGAUGUCUCCAGAUUCGCAAGGAGAGAGCACAUCUUGGGAUAGCGAAGAGGAUGAAACUAUUUCAUCCCCUGAUGUUGGAGAAACGGCAGCAUCUGCAACAGAAUGGAUGGGAGUAACUACGAACACUGAAGAUUGCAGUUACAGCUCAGAACCAACUUGUACUUCUGAGUAUGAACCGUCCGAUGUUGAUAAUCAUAUGUGGGACACUUCAUGUGCACCCACUGCGAUACUAAGCCCUUGUUGUGCACUUUCAGAUAAAGUGAGUUGUACCAUAUGGAAAAAACACGAAAUCAAAAAGGUGGAGUUAUCAGUAUUUGAUAUUAGUUGCCAAAUUAUUGCAAGGGUUGAAGAAAUGGCCGAGAGUAUGGACUAUUUUUACAUAGGCGUUCUAUAUGCACUUAUACUGGCACUUUUACCGUCACUAUUCCGCCUGCGCAAUACCACAGUUGAUCCUGCUUUGUCCAGUGAAAUCCAGUUAACUGUUGUUGAACUAUCAAGCAUUGUAUUAGAAAAGCUUUCCGGAUCAAUGAUUGCCAUCAUUGACGCGGCUCUUGGUCAUUCGUUAUGGGAACGUACGGUUAUGGUAGUUGCAUUAUUACAACGUUUUAUACUUGCAACAAUGUUUUUCUUUUUAUUAAGUGUGGCGGAACGUACCUUUAAACAACGAUUUUUGUAUGCUAAGUUGUUCUCUCAUUUAACAUCGUCAAGAAGAGCGCGAAAAUCUCAGCUGCCACACUUUCGGCUAAAUAAAGUACGCAAUAUAAAGACUUGGUUGUCAGUACGUUCGUAUUUAAAGAAAAGGGGACCUCAAAGAUCUGUUGACAUGAUCGUUUCUUCGACGUUUAUUAUAAAUUUGCUUCUCAUAUUUUUCUUCAGUAUGGAAAUCUUAAAGGACUCAUCCGCUCUACAGUCUCAGUAUAAUAUUGAAGCAUUAUUUUGGUGCUUCGGUUUAGGAAGUCUCCUUUUACGAUUCAUGACUCUAGGCACAAAGAUCAAUCGUAAAUAUCGUAGCAAUUUGUCUAUUCUGAUCACAGAGCAAAUAAAUCUGUAUUUACAAAUCGAACAAAAACCCCAUAAGAAAGACGAAUUAAAUGUUGCCAAUAGUGUAUUAAAACUCGCAGCAGAUUUACUAAAGGAAUUGGAAGCACCAUUCAAAAUAUCUGGAUUUUCAGCCAAUCCUCAUCUGUAUACCAUCACAAAAGUAUUUGUUUUGUCAGCAUUAUCAGGUGUAUUAUCUGAGAUGUUGGGCUUUAAAUUAAAGUUGCAUAAAAUUAAAAUUAAGUAAAUUUAGUUUAUAAUACUGUAUUGUUAUAUUUUUGAACAAAUGAUCUCUGUGAAGUUGUAUUUUACACUUAGUUAUAGACUUUUUUCUUAAUUACUACAAACUAGACAUAAUAGAAAACAAGAUGUAAGUAUUGAGAUUGACCAGCAUGUUAAAAAGUAUCAAAUAUAUAGAUACAGCUCUCUA